UAACGGCUGAGCCCUCCGCCGUGUGCCGGGGCUGCGCGGGAGAGCCGAGCGGGGGAACCCGGCGGGCGCCGGGGCUGCGCGGGAGAGCCGAGGGGGGGAGCCCGGCGAGCGCCGGUGAACCCUGCGGUGUUUCUGCCGUGCUCGCUUCCCGGAGGGGCUCCGCGGGAAAGUGCGGUCUCGGGCGCCGGGCGAUUCCGCCCGCUGCACAUCCACCGCGCGGCCGAUGGUAUUUGCUACUAAUGGGUGUAAGCAAGUUAGAUGUUCUAUAUCGUAGACUUCUCCUCACAAAACUUUUUAUCAGAGGAUGGGGAAGGCCAGAGGAUCUCAAAAGACUCUUUGAAUUCAGAAAGAUAAUUGGAAAUCGAGAAAGAUGCCAGAAUCUGGUUUCAAGCGAUUAUCCAGUGUACAUUGAUAAGAUGGAAGAACAAUCAGACUGUAAGAUCUUAGAUGGACACUUUGUUUCUCCCAUGGCCCACUAUGUGCCUGGAAUCAUGCCAGUUGAAUCUGUUAUUGCAAGGUUCCAAUUUAUUGUACCUAAAGAAUGGAACAACAAACACAGACCGGUAUGCAUUCAUCUUGCUGGAACAGGAGACCACCAUUACUGGAGAAGAAGAACACUAAUGGCCCGUCCUAUGAUUAAAGAAGCCCGAAUAGCUUCUUUGUUGUUAGAAAACCCGUACUAUGGCUGCAGAAAACCAAAGGACCAAGUGAGGUCCAGCUUAAAAAAUGUGUCUGACCUUUUUGUGAUGGGAGGAGCUCUUGUUUUAGAAUCUGCAGCUCUCUUGCACUGGCUAGAGAGGGAAGGCUAUGGCCCUCUAGGGAUGACCGGAAUAUCCAUGGGAGGACACAUGGCCUCCUUAGCAGUAUCCAACUGGCCUAAGCCCAUGCCAUUGGUUCCUUGUCUGUCUUGGUCCACAGCCUCUGGGGUCUUCACUACGGGUGUAUUGAGUAAAUCAAUUAAUUGGAGGGAGCUGGAGAAGCAAUAUUAUACUCAGACAGUUUAUGAAGAAGAAAUAGUUCAUAUGCUUGAAUACUGUGGAACAGAUUCUUUCAAAAUGGGACAAGAGUUUGUGAAAUACUUCCCUAACAGUACAGACAAGAUAACUAACCUUAAUCUGGUUUCUAGAACUUUAAGUUUAGAUAUGAGAAACCAAACCGUGUCCCCAAAACAUGUUGAAUGUCAUAAUUCUAGUAAAACUUCCACCAGUAUUACAUCAGAAGGACUCUUGUUGCAAGAUACCUCUAAGACAGAGUGCUUGAAUCAAACACUUUCAACCAACAAAAAUUGCUAUACAAGUUACAACUCACAGCCAAACCACCUGCUCAGCAAAGAACAAAGAAGAAACAAUCUUCAGAAAGAAUCUUUAAUAUUUAUGAAAGGAGUCAUGGAUGAAUGUACUCAUGUAGCCAAUUUCUCAGUUCCAGUUGACCCAAGCCUCAUUAUAGUGGUUCAAGCCAAAGAAGAUGCCUAUAUUCCUCGAACAGGAGUUCGAAGUCUACAAGAAAUUUGGCCUGGUUGUGAAAUCAGAUAUCUAGAAGGGGGUCACAUUAGUGCAUAUCUUUUUAAGCAAGGACUCUUCAGACAAGCCAUCUAUGAUGCAUUUGAACGCUUCCUCCAUAAGUAUGCUAACUAAUUGGAUCGUUGUAUUGUAAAAUUGCAGCUAUCAAGGUUUCUUACAAAAGGAGUUUUUCAUCCUGUGAUAAGAAGCAGACAGUACUCUAUAUAUAACAAGUUAGUAUGGAACUCAGUGUUUUAGGUCGGUCUACUAUAAACAUUUAAUACAUUUCAGUAAUUU